GUAUAUGCCUCAAGUUUCCCGUCAUUACAUUGGCUCUCGAGUCUCAUAAUUGGGAAUUUUGUCCAGCAAGACGUUCAGAUACAUUGAAACGCUUCGACUCCUGAACAGAGGCAAUCUCCCUUCUGAUCAAUCGUAAGGAUCCUAAGAAACUGUCAGUAUACUCGCCGUGAGAAGGAAAUGGCACCUCUAGUUACUAAGUGGGAAGAUUUGGUUUUCAUUUACGAGGAAGUCGACGACGUUACUGGCAAAUUCCAGCACACAACAUUCGCAUUCGUUGAUGAAGACGGCUCUGCAUACUUCGGCAAAUUGAACACCCCCAAAAUCAAUCUGACAUUGAACCAACUCGAUUCUGCCCUCUUAUCCAUCUCCGAUGAUGAAGUCUUUCCAGAAUGGUCGUCCUCGUCAAAGCUCACCAAAGCUUCCGAACCGCUUCCAUCUAGUGUCUACAUCAAGCGCCCAGCACUGAUAUUCUACGAUACAUUCCAGGAACACAAUGUCCUCCACCUGAUACCCAAAGGUUUCAUUGAAGAGGUAGACGCCAUGGAAAUGCUCUCUCAGCACCCACAUCCAAACAUCAUCAAAUACCACGGCUGCCAGGUCCGCCGGGGUCGCAUCACCGGUCUCGUUCUUGAUCGCCACCCCAACACCUUUUCAGAAUACCUGAAGAGCAAAGUCGGGCCCAUUGAUAAGGAACCCUUCAUGCAGGCCCUCCAAUCGGCUAUUUCUCAUCUGCAUUCUCUUCACUGGGCUCACAACGACCUUAAUCCCAGCAACAUCCUGAUAAAUGAGGAGGGCAUGCCAGUCUUGAUCGAUUUCGGCUCGGCGCGUGAGGUGGGCAUGAAGUUGGGUACUAGUCGGGGGACGAAGGGUUGGAUAGACUGUGAGUUGAAGGACUAUCACACUUCGGACUAUGGCCAUGAUUUGUUCGCUCUGGAAAAGUUGCGGACUUGGUUGGAUGAACCGACUUUUGAGUAG